CGGGAGGGCGUGGCGGUUGCUCGCAGCUCUGUGCCGUUGCCGUUGCUCUUCUUGGAACUGCUGUCAUCUGCCUGUCGCUGCUGCUUCUUCGAAUUAUUAAGUGAAAGGCGAAGUGAGGCGUGUGCUUUGACUUGGUAGCGAAAGGGAGGUAGAAGAAGAGAAGCCGCGGGUGCUGCUGUUCUCGCCGCCGUCUUCUCGGACUUUAGCUAUGAGUUCAGACAAAAAGAGGCCGCUGCGGUUUUCUUCACGCAAUAGCCGAACGCCUCGUCCACAGCCGCGGAGGGGACUCCUGACUGAGAUUCAGACUUCCCUUCUCACCGAGUCCUUUGAGGCCCGCUAUACCAUCAGCCCCGGCCGUGAACUCGGCAGGGGGAAAUUUGCAGUAGUAAAGAAAUGUAUAAACAAACAGACUGAAAAAGAGUUUGCAGCAAAAUUCAUGAGGAAAAGAAGAAAAGGCCAAGACUGUCGAAUGGAAAUAAUUCAUGAGAUUGCAGUCCUGGAACUGGCACAAUCUAAUCAAUGGGUUAUUAACUUGCAUGAAGUAUAUGAGACACCAACAGAAAUUAUUUUGGUUUUGGAAUAUGCUGCUGGUGGAGAAAUCUUUGACCAGUGUAUAGCUGAAAGAGAAGAUGCCUUCAAAGAAAAAGAUGUUAAGCAUCUCAUGAGGCAGAUUUUACAAGGAGUUUCCUUUUUACAUCAAAACAAUGUAGUUCAUCUUGACUUGAAGCCGCAAAACAUUUUGCUAUCUUGUGAAUCACCAUUGGGAGAAAUUCGGAUAGUUGAUUUUGGACUUUCCAGAGUACUGAAAACUAAUGAAGAACUAAGAGAAAUUAUGGGAACACCUGAAUAUGUUGCUCCAGAAAUUCUAAGCUAUGAUCCAAUCAGUACUGCAACAGAUAUGUGGAGCAUUGGAGUAUUAACAUAUGUCAUGCUAACAGGAGUAUCACCUUUUUUGGGGAAUGAUAAACAAGAAACAUUCUUAAAUAUAUCUCAGAUACAUGUAAAUUACUCUGAAGAUUUUGAUUUUGUAUCUGAAUCUGCAGUGGAUUUCAUCAAAUCUCUUUUGAUUAAAAAACCUGAGAAACGGGCAACUGCAGAAGAAUGUUUGCUGCAUUCUUGGCUGGCUCAAACUGAUAUUCCUGAUAAAAUAAACUGUAUUAAAAACACAGAAGAUGAAUCAAAUGUUGUUACUGUAAAUGAAGUCUAUACAUCUGAAAAUUCUACAAUUGGAGAAAAAACAGAAGAACCAGUAGUAAAAGAGGAGUUUAUUUUAAUGGCGUCCUAUACACUGGGUCAAUGCAGGCAAUCAAAAAAAGAUAAAAUUGUUACACACAAAACUAUUUCAAAACUAUUUAAAUUUAAGGAACCAUUUCUCCAUGAAAUACCUGGAGUUUACUGAAAAUACUGAAUACCUGCAAUUGCCUGAAUUAUAGCUUGUUUUUGCUUUGAGCCUUAACUUGUAAGAUUGUCUCUUUUUUCUUAGAUCAGUUAUGUACAGCAAAUAAAAUUCAUAUAAAAAUAUUCUUGUAGAGGAAAAUGUUAAAAAUCAUCUGCCAAAUACCUUAAUUUUCUAUGGAAUUGAUAUUAUUGGAAAUACUUAACACAGAGAAAAGCUGAAAACAUUAAUUCUAAAAUAUCUAAUACAUGCAAAGCAAUGUUUUAGAUAUUCUGUUUAAUUAUUUAUUCAUGGUAGAUAUUUGAGUUGUCUGAAUAAAACUUAUGUAUGUAUAUUUUCCUCAAAUGCAUAAAAUAAUAAGUUAAAAUUUGAAUGCUAGUAUAUAAGCUUAUUCAGUUUCCAGAUUUCAUAAUAUAAUAUUAUUUCUGAUAAAUGCCUCUACCUGUAAUCCUAACUUUAACGUUAAUGUUUGCCAUUGGGAAAAGAGGAUGUUCUUUUGAAAUAUGUAUAUUAGUUUUGGUAUUUAAUCUAUAUAAUUAUCAUUUGGUGACCAAUAUAUUAGGAAAGAAAUACAAUGUACUUUUAGUUUCUAGUAUGUUUAGAUAGAUUUGUACCUAAAUUGGCCAGUGGCCUUUUACUGGUCCUAUUUAAACUAUUCAUCACUAAGUAAGAAAUAAUUUUUUUAGCUUUAUUCCUAAAUUUAUUUUACUUCUACACUCCUAGUUUAUCAAGAUGUUUUAGCUUCCUUAAAAAAAACCUGCUCACAGGAAUAGGUAUAGGCUGUUUUUCUUUACUUCGCAGAUUUUUUUUUUCUAUGUAGUUAUAAAGAGAUAGAUGUAUUAUAACUCAAAGAAUGAAAGACCCCAAAAACUCAUUUAUAUGCAGAAUGUACAUCAUGCAGUUUAUCUACCAUCAUUCAAUUACUUCUUAAAAUUUGUAUUCUACAUGAAAAGUGCUUUAUUUCUAAUAGAUUUACUAACAGUUUUGGGAAUAAUAUUAAACAUUUAUUUCAGAACCAUGUUUAGAUUAUAUGAUUCAAGCCAUAUAAUAAUUUGAUUAAGUUUCUGUAAAAUUUCAACAUUUGUGCACUAGAAAAUUUGAAGAAAUGUUCAAUAUGAAGAUAGUUUAUUAAUUUAUAUUAAGUAUAAAUGCAGGUUUCUGACUCCAUACUUCUUUAUAAGAAAUUGUGAGGAUCUAGCAGUGCUUCUUAUAAGUUAAAAUGGAAUUUCGAGGGAAACAUUGAUUUUCUGUUUAUUAUUAAUUAAUGCAAGAUUUGUGUUUUGUAUAUCCAUAUUUCAAUUCAAGUGCAUUCUUAAUAUGUAUUGUUUUGUUAGCUUGUAAUUGUAAAUCUGAAAGGAAUUAAAGGCUUUUACAAUUAUGAGUUAUGUAUACACAAUGAAACCAUGCUUUAUUGUAGCUGAAUAAAGAGGAUGUCUGUUA